CUGAUUGGCUGCUGCGGCUGAGGCAGUGUUUUCAAUCUGCGGAACAGGGAAGUGACGAGCAGUCGCGGUUUAACUUCUGCAAUUCUUGGUUGUAUUUUUGAUCAAAAUAAGACGUCUGGUGCGGCGCCGCGCUGCUCAGCCUCACGUCAGCCAUGUUCCUCUACCUUCAGACAAAGCCUGGCCGACUUCGUCGUUGAUUUUGUUCGACUGAAGCAGCUGUUCGAGAAGGGAACCGGCCAUGGAUGACGGACAGUCGCUUUACUCACUCGUGAUCGCCGGGUUUAUUCUCAGUUUUCCUCCGGUCUCAGCGGCUCGGCAGCCCCACGUCGUGUUCAUCCUGGCCGAUGACUUCGGCUGGUAUGAUGUCGGAUACCACGGCUCGGAGAUCAGGACUCCGAACCUGGACAAGCUGUCGGCCAGAGGAGUCCGGCUGGAGAACUACUACGUCCAGCCUCUGUGCACCCCGUCCAGGAACCAGCUCAUGACCGGGAGGUACCAGAUUCACACGGGCAUGCAGCACCAGAUCAUCUGGCCCUGUCAGCCGUACUGUGUGCCUCUGGACGAGAAGCUGCUGCCCCAGCUGAUGAAGGAGGCGGGGUACGCCACAAACAUGGUGGGCAAGUGGCACCUGGGCAUGUACAAGAAGGACUGCCUGCCCACACGCCGGGGCUUUGACACAUAUUUUGGCUACCUGACAGGCAGCGAGGAGUACUACACCCAUGUGCGCUGCAGUCGCAUCUCUGCUCUGAACCUGACCCGCUGUGCGUUGGACCUGAGGGAAGGAGAGGAGGUCGCCGCGGGAUACAAAGGCGUUUAUUCAACCGAGCUGCUCAGCCAGAGGGCCAUCAGCAUCAUUGAAAAACACAACCCGAACAAGCCGCUCUUCCUCUACGUGGCGCUGCAGGCGGUCCACUCACCCCUGGAGGUCCCAGAGCGCUACACGGCCCCUUACAGUUUCAUCAAAGACCCGCAUCGCAGGCUCUACGCCGGCAUGGUGUCGGCCAUGGACGAGGCGGUGGGCAACAUCACCCUGGCUCUGCAGCGGGGUGGCCUCUGGGACAACGCGGUGCUUGUGUUCUCGACAGAUAACGGAGGUCAGACACUGUACGGCGGCAGCAACUGGCCACUGCGGGGGAGGAAGUGGUCACUGUGGGAAGGUGGGGUCCGGGGAGUCGGAUUUGUCUCCAGCCCCCUACUGAAAAAACCCGGAACCGUCAACCACGAACUGAUCCACAUCUCUGAUUGGCUGCCUACACUCGUUGGCGUGGCAGGAGGGCGCACCAACACCACAAAACCCCUGGAUGGAUUCAACAUGUGGAACACAAUCAGCAAAGGGUUCGCCUCACCCAGACUGGAGCUGCUGCACAACAUCGACCCUCUGUAUAAUGAUAUCGCUCCAUGUCCUGGCAGGGAGCAUCAGUUAGCUUUGGCUAAAGUGGUCAGCGGAAACUCCUGGGCCAACUCUGGCUUCAAUGUGUCCAUUCACGCCGCCAUUCGAUCCUCAAACUGGAAGCUGCUGACUGGCUACCCAGGCUGUGACAUUUGGUUCCCGCGGCCCGGCCACAACAUCUCUGAGUCAAACCCCGCCAAGGUGGAUCCGCUGAAGUCCGUAAUGCUGUUUGACAUAGAGAAGGAUCCAGAGGAGAGGGUCGACGUGUCGGCUCAGUUCCCCACAGUGGUGGAUUAUCUCCUCAGUAGGCUCAACCACCACCAGAAAAGAGCCUUGCCCAUAAACUUCCCCGAUGAGGACCCCAGGUGUGACCCAGGCCCCACUGGAGCCUGGGGACCCUGGGCGUAGAUGGAGAUGACAGUGAUGAACAUUAUGAAAGUUGUAGCACUUUGUUUACAGUGUUUGCUGUAAAUUACAACAGCGGGAAUCUCUGCUGUGGAGAAAAAUCAAAUUUUUUUCACUGCAUGAUGAUUAGAAUUUAAUAUGUGUCUAUCUACAAGACAGCUUUUUCCAUCACCCAAUAAUUUCAAGCAAUCUAAAUUAGAUCAUGCAGAUUUUUAAAGGGAAAAUAUUUCAAUUGCUUGAUUUUUCUUCUCUCAGUGGGACAUUUCAUUCGUGAAUUGACCGACCGAUGCUAUAAUGCUUUCAGAGGUUUAGGUGAAGCGAUUGCUUAAACGGUGUUAGCUACACAUGUUGCUGAUUUGUAAAGACUAUCUCCCUGCUGUUUCAGGCAUUUGCACUUCGUUUAUGUACUGGUGAGAAGCUGCAGGCUCCUUGUGUCAAACACAGAGCCGCACGGAAAUAGCGGGCUGUACUUUACUUGAGAAAAAUAUUUCACCAACCAAUCUAUUGUGCCUUUCGAAGAUAUUUAUUACCUUUUUAUGGAUUGUACAGGAAGAGCAACAUAUGAUUUUUAUUUUGGCCAGAUUUUGAAAUUUAAAGUUGCACUAAUCAGUAUUUUUACCCACAGAGAAUUAUCACAGAAACCUGCAGUUUCUCUCAGCUCUUCAAAGUUUUUUUUAAAUGUUUUAUUAAUAUUUAAGCGUCUUUCAGCUCAUUUUUCUGGCUGUGCAGCCUAUAUAUUUUUGCUCUCUC